AUGAAAAUGAUACGUGUCGGCGUCCACUGCGUCCUAUUCUGCACACAAUGGCGGGUAGUGAGGUUAUUGCCUCAAGCAUUACUCAUCUCUGAAGUUGUGGGGCCGCGGCCGGCCUCCACGUUCCACGGCACCACGGCACUCCACGGCACUCCACGGCGCUCAGGCCACUCCACGGCACUCAAAAUCCACUCGUCGUGCUCCAAGGGGCUCCACUGCGACAAUAUCAGCGAACAAAUGAGCCGCUACUACAUAAGCAUCAAAAUUGCAAUUACCAACGACGACGAAUCCAUCUUAAUCCGUUGGAUAAUAUCACCCGCACGACCAUACCUACUACGGGUUCGCGUUUUCUGUCCUAUAUAA